AAAAAAGUUAAAACCCUGCAGAAACAGCUAGUCCAGAGUUCGGAAACCCAACUAUUUCUUAGCUGCCACGUGCCGUUUUGGCGCUAAAUACCCUUCCUUUUAAUUCUGUUGGCUCCCUACCCAACGGCUAGUUACCUUUUCCCGUUGAAGAAUUUCGUUAGGGUUUUAUCCCCACCGUCUGCGAUCACAGACGUUAGUCCAUGCUAGGACUACAAUGAAGCGGAGAUCGCAGAUCCCAACCACUUCACGAAGUUUUCAGGAAGCUUCGAGAUCCGAUUCCCAAAUUCCCGCUUCAAUAUCCCCGCGAUCCAAAGAUUUGAGCCGCAAGAAAAGAGUGAGAUUUAAAGAUCUCGAUGAUGCCAUACCCUGUCGAGCAGAUAAUGAUUCUGUGCACGUAGAAGCAGUUCAGCCCCUAACAUGUGAUGGUGCAAAAACUUCUGAAUAUGCAUUCUUUAAGAAAUUAAAGAAAGAUGCAGGUCACGAAUUGGGUUCCCAUCCUUUGAAUAAUGACUCAAAACAAAUCCAAGCAAAAACGUUGAAGUCGGUGAGCUGUUUUGGAGAGAGGACCAAGAUUGUCGAUGAUAGCUGUAAUAAGGGGAUCAAGUACUCAUUUCCGGUUGAAAAAGCUACACCUGUGAACUUCUAUUCAUUUGACUCAUCGCUUGGUAAUGCAUUAAAAAAUUCAGAUGUGAUCAUGGAGAAAGGCUGGACAAAGUCAGACCAUCUGCAUAGGAUACAUGAAGAUAUGGAGGAAGAUAACAAUGCCUUGAAACCUGACGGGACUAAAUACAGGCAUGCAGAAACUUUUAUUAGGAAGAGACAGAAACUAUGUCAAUGGGUUGCAGCUACCUCAUAUCCUGAUAUGGAUGGAAUUUAUUCAAAGGGGUACAAUAUCAUUUCUGCACUCCUUGGACGGCUGGUGCCGAAGAGCAGUGAGAACAAUAAUCUAAAGGAACAAAAAGUGGGGCAAAUGGAAACUAAUGCCAAAUCGUCAUCACUUGUUUCCUCUGAAUCAGAUAUUGACUGCGUGAAUAUUCAACUGACUCCUACCAGAAAAUUAGUCGAACAUGAAUGUGGCCGCUACUUUGUUGAUUCUAUAUCGUCUUCUUGGGCCAAUAGAUCAGGAGGGGGAAUUCCAUACUUGGACUCUGACUCUCCAACUAGGUAUGCUAAUGAAACGCAGCAUCACUGCAGAAUAUGGGAAUCUGACUCUGCAUUAAGAGGUGGCAUUUCGACUUUAUGUGCUGAAAGUGAUUUUACCUUUCCAAUCUCUAAGUAUGGGUCUGUUAGUAAUCUUAAAGAGCUUGAUCUCUUCUGUCAUCCAAAUAGAUAUUUGGUUGGAAGAGAGUUGGACAUGCCUAUGCGGGACUGGGAUUUUGACAACAUAAAGGAUGAAAAAAACUUAUCUCUAGCUCACAACCAUGAAUAUGGGAGACAUCUUCUUGAAGGCAAGGACGAUAUAAUACCAGAUCCUAGCCAUUUACCAUUAACCUUAUCGUGUACUCCCAACCAUUUUACUGCAAAAGAUUGCCAUAAUGAUAAUGGAAGUGAUGGUGGCAGCAACUUCUUUACUCCCCACCACAACAACUGGUUUAUGAGCAAAGUUAUCAAGGAGGGUCAUGAUUAUCCUAAUACAGAAGCUCUCCUAUCCUCUGAGCUUGUUCUUGAUUUAGGAUUGAAAUGCUUUCCAUUAACUGGAUUCCCAAAAGAGCAUGUUUUAUCUACUGAUCAAGCUCUACAAUUUCCAGGAAUGGAAGACAUUUCUUCCCACCUUCUUACAUAUGAUGGUUAUGAUAGUUGCUUGGGCGACACAAAUCAUACAGGAACCCGUGCUCAUUUUAGUGAAGAUAACCUUAGCAUCCAUGACUAUCCAUCCUUUGAAUUCCAGUUAUUUCAGGACAGAGAACAGACAUGGCCCUUGCUGCUUGAUAAGUCAAGCCAGGAUGGAGUUGAAGAAUGUAUGGAUUUUGGAAAUUGUAAACUGAAUUACAUUUGAUGAUAUGAUAGAUAGAUUUUCAAGUGUGGUUACAAUUCUACAAUGUUGAAUUGAAAUAUUUGAUUAUCAAUUCAUGUUUCGAGUUGCUAACUAACAAUUUUAUCGUUGCAUCUCAAGUAUCAUUGCCAAA